AUGUGGCCCAAAGCAAUUGUGUUGGACUUGGACUAUACCAUAUGGCCAUGUUGGUGUGACACACAUCUUUCUUUGCCGUUAUCAAAAGCUCUGAAGACUGGUAUCGAAGAUGGCAGAGGGUUUAAAUUGUACUUAUUUGACGAUGUUAGCUCCAUAGUGAAACUUCUUUCUAAUAGCGGUGUGAUAUUGAUUGCUGCAAGUCGAACAGCAAGACCUGACAUUGCAGAAAAAUUGCUUACGUUAUUUCAUAUAGAUGACAAGCCUUUGAUUAGCUUUUUCCGCUCAUUGCAAUGGGGUCAAGGUUCGAAGAUCAACCACGUGGAAAAGGCUGCAUGUGAACUCCACAUUGAAGAAGAGCUCAGAAGAGGUGAUGUCAUUCUUUUUGAUGACGAAGCACGAAACCGCGAUGUUGAAGAAGUCAACUGCUAUUUCUUUAAAAUUAACCAAAAUGAGGGGUUAACAUUCCCUGUGUUCAAUGAAGCUUUAGAAGUGUGGAGAAAAAGUCGGUUCGGAUGUCUGUAA